AUGGCGGUGGAGAUUACUACGGAGGAUCAGCCGGAAGAAACGGUGGGAAACGGCCUCAUCGGCUUCCGCGAGACACUGACGGAGUGUUUCCGGGCUGUGGGAGAGCAAGGGAGGAAAUUAAGCGAGCUAAUUGCUGAAGGGUUAGGAUUGGAGCCCUCUUAUUUCGACGGGUAUUUUCGCCAACAGGAGUCCCUCUGCCGUUUGAUCCAUUAUAAAACACCGGAACGGGACGGUGGAGAUGAGGAAAACGGAAAGGAUAAGCAUGAUGAUAUCGGUGCCAGCCUCCACAGCGACUGGGGCCUCCUCACUGUCCUCCUACAAGACAACGUUGGCGGACUUCAAGUACUCGAUUUAAAAAAAACACAGACGUACAUCCCUGUCCCGCCGACGCCAGGCGCCUUCGUUAUCAACUGCGGCGAUCUCCUUUUCCGCUUCACCAAUGGUGUGUACACAUCCGCCAAGGAUAUGGUGGUUGCGCCACCACCGGGAGUGGAUAGAUAUAGCAUCGCAUUUUUCAACAAUGGGAAUCCAGUGUAUGCCGUGGAUGUCUUGCCUCUAGGACCGGAAUGGAAAGAAUGGGUCCAGGGCCAACAAGGUGCUGCGCCCCCGGCUAAAAGGUUCUAUGAGCCUAUUACUGCCGGGGCGUACUUUGAAAUGAAUUGGGAAGCCAGUGUCGCCGGGCAGAAGCAAUCUCCCGAACGGGACGCAUAAUGAAAAUAGAGGUAAUGGUGGUCGUGGCGGAAGAACCUCAAUAAACCUUCAUUGAUUAUAUGGCAUGAAAAGGACCAUUAUUUCUGUCGAAUGCAUUUGUAACACGUAAACAUAGGGUAUUUGAUUUCGCAAAGCUAUAAGUUCUUCAGUCUCGCAUUGCGUCGUUCCUCCUCUCUCUUCGCAUCCACGCGAUUUAAGAAGUCCAUCCGGCCCAAGUAGCCCUCUUUGGCUUUACUGUGCACGUCAAGAUCAUCCUUGAUGCCUGCCCGAUCGACAUAUUCAGCCCAGUCAAGUUUAGACUUCAUGACCGUAUUUAGUUUAGGCCCCUUGGGCUGUUCAGCUGCUCCUGCACCACCGGG